AACCAACACCGUUUUAUUGUUUCAUUUUCAUAGAAUCAGAACACCAAGAUGGGUACCACCCAUUCUCCCAUGAUGGGUGACCACCAGUCCGCUGACAACGGUUCCACCUGCGACACCCUGUAUGACCACAGGAGCUACGCCCGAGUCUUAAUGCCACUCGUUUACUGCGCGGUCUUCCUAGUGGGUCUGCUGGGCAAUGCCCUGGCGCUACACGUCAUCCGCCCCAACCUGAAAAAGAUGAACUCCACCACCUUGUACUCGCUCAACUUGGUGAUUUCGGACAUCCUCUUCACACUGUCACUUCCUGUGAGGAUCACAUACUAUGCGCUGGGUUUCCACUGGGCCUUGGGUGAGGCUCUGUGCAAAAUCUCAGGCCUCAUCUUCUACAUCAACACCUACGCCGGUGUCAACUUCAUGACCUGCCUGAGCAUCGACCGUUUCAUCGCAGUCGUCCUGCCCCUGCGCUUUUCCCGGCUGCGCAAUGUUAGCAACGUGCGCUAUAUCUGUGUCGGCGUGUGGCUGCUGGUCCUGGCGCAGACACUCCCACUCCUUGGCAUGGCAAUGACCAAUGUCGAACCGGACGGCUUCAUCACCUGCAUGGAAUACCCUAAUUUCGAGAAAGUAGACCACAUCGCAACCAUCCUCAUCGGCGGAGUGUUCCUCGGUUAUGUCAUCCCCGUAAUCACCAUCCUGAUGUGCUACUCCAUCCUUUGCUCCAAACUCCACUCCACAGCGAAGACCAACCACCUCACGGAAAAGUCUGGACGCAGCCGCAAGGCCAUCGGCGUCAUCUGCUGCGUGUCGCUGGUCUUCGUGGUCUGCUACAGUCCCUAUCACAUCAACAUCCUG